GGUUUUGAAGAUUGAGGUUAAAACAGAAAAUAUAAACAUAAAAUGGACUUAUUAUAGUGAUAUUUUACAUUGAUUUUAUAUAACAUAUUGUGUGUAUUCUAAAAAAAAACUGCUUUAUUACCAAGGAGUAGGAAUUACUCUCAUUGCAUGUGAGGAUUUUCCACAAGUUGUAUGAAUAACAUGGAAAAUACUCUUAAAACAUACUGCAGCAGCAAGAUGAAAUUCCUGAAUUCCAUGUACCCUGAUGUUAUUAAAUAGAAAUGAGUUUAAGAGGAUCCCUUAGUUACCUUUGGGACACUACAAAACCGUUAGGCCAAGGCGCCACCAGCAUGGUGUACAAAGGAAGAAAUAAAAGCACCGGUGAAGAAGUUGCGGUCAAGGUGUUUAGCCAAGCUGGACAUAUGCGACCUCACGAUGUCCAGAUGAGAGAGUUUGAGGUGAUGACCAAACUGAAACACAAAAAUAUUGUACCCAUGCUGGCUAUUGAAGACGAGCAAAGCACAAGAAAUAAAGUAAUUGUAAUGCAACUAACAGAACAUGGCUCCCUGUUUAAUAUGUUAGAAGAUCCUAAACACGCAUAUGGUCUCCCAGAGGAAGAGUUCCUCAUUGUUUUUGAACAUGUCACUGCCGGAAUGAAGUACAUGAGAGAUAAUGGUAUAGUGCACCGGGACAUUAAACCCGGUAAUAUCCUCCGAUACAUCGGCGAGGACGGAAGAUCAAUCUACAAACUGACAGAUUUUGGUGCUGCUAAACAAUUAGACCAUGAGGAGGAACAGUUUAUGUCUCUGUAUGGGACAGAGGAAUACCUGCAUCCAGACAUGUAUGAGAGAGCAGUUUUGAGAACUCCUGAUCGCAGACAGUUUACAUCGAAAGUAGAUUUAUGGAGUAUGGGUGUAACGUUUUUCCAUGUGGCAACGGGCCAGUUACCAUUCAAGCCAUAUGGAGGCAGGAGAAACAGACAAAAAAUGUUUGAAAUUACACGCCACAAAGAAAGUGGGGUUAUAAUGGGAGUCCAGCAUACUGAAGGAGGCAAUAUAGAAUGGAGUAAAGAACUACCAAAAACUUGCAGGCUUUCUGAUGGAUUAAAGCUUCUCAUCACACCAAUAUUUGCUCGUCUUCUGGAAUCUGAUCCUGCUAAAGUGUGGAACUUUGACGCUUGUUUUAGAGAAAUUGACUCUAUAAUAAAAAAGAAAGUGAUAAAUGUAUUCAGUCCACACACUUGGAAUAGUCUCAAAGUGUAUAUAAAAAGUGAAAACAAUCUCACGACUCUGCAAGAGUUAAUAGCAGAGCAGACAGAAAUUGAUGCACCUAGUCAGCUACUGAUAUUUGAUGGUCAACAGUUAAAAGAUCAUGUUCAGGCAAUGUUACCAAUAUCAAGUUAUCCAAAGGGAAUCACGGAGACGAACCCAAUAUUUGUCUACAAUAAGAACAUGGACGAUUUUGCGAGAUUCCCUGUACCAAACAUAAGAGAUUUCCCUCGUUUCACUUCAAGUUUGACAGCAGAUGACUACGCUAUAGCCAAAAUGUGUUCAGCAAUCUCGUGUUACAUUCUCAAAGAAGUGGACUUAUAUUGUAAUAAACAGGAACUCAUCAGACGUGCAGUUCACAUGUAUAU